AAGGCUAUAUAUAAGAAGCUAAGCAAGCAAGAAUUGAAGAAGCAAUCAUCCAUCAACAAUGGCGGUCGCAAGCCGCCGGAGGCUAGGCUCCCUCCUGGCCCUCGCGGUGGCCCUCCUCUCCCUCCUCGCCGGCCCAGCCGCGGCGACGGGGAAGACGGGGCAGGUGACCGUGUUCUGGGGCCGGAACAAGGCCGAGGGCUCCCUCCGGGAGGCCUGCGACACCGGCACCUACACCUUCGUCAUCAUCUCCUUCCUCAGCGUCUUCGGCCACGGCAAGACCAGCCUGGACCUCUCCGGCCACCCCACCGGCCCCAUCGGCGCCGACAUCAAGCACUGCCAGUCCAAGAGCAUCCUCGUUUUCCUCUCCAUCGGCGGCUCCGGCGGCCAGUACUCGCUCCCCAGCGCCCAGGCCGCGACGGACCUCGCCGACCACCUCUGGUUCGCCUACCUCGCCGGCCACCGCAGCGGCGUGCACCGCCCGUUCGGCGACGCGGAGCUCGACGGCAUCGACCUCUUCAUCGACCAGGGCCCCCCCGACCACUACGAUGUGCUGGCCGCGCGGCUGUGGAGCUACAACAAGGACUUCCGCGGCCGGACGCCGGCGCAGCUGUCGGCGACGCCGCGGUGCCGGUACCCGGACCCCCGCCUGGAGCGGGCGCUCGCCACGGGGGUCAUCACCCGCAUCAACGUCAGGUUCUACGGCGACGGGUACUGCGCCGCCAACUGGCAGGCGGAGUGGGACAAGUGGACGGCGGCGUACCCCAACUCCGGGGUCUACGUCGGGCUGCCGGCGUCGGAGCAGGUCGUCGGCUACGUGCACCCCAAGAACCUCUACUACGGCGUCGUGCCGGUGGUGCAGAAGGCGGCCAACUACGGCGGCAUCAUGAUCUGGGAGCGCUACGCCGACAAGCAGAACAACUACAGCAGCUACGCUAUCCAAUGGGCUUAGAUGGAGCUCCAUCAUCACUGUCAAUCCAUGUUCCAUGCCUCACUCUGUGUGUAUGUUGUGCAUCUGCUGCUUGUCUCCUCACAGCAUGCUUGUGCAAGAAUAAAGUGAGGCCUGUGGAAGAAUAAACGGUUAAUUAUUCGGUUUGAUUUUUA